GCCGUUUUUGGCUUUCAAAUUGUCCGUUAUCAGCUGAGGACUGGAGAACAGCAUUCUCAAGCUGAAGCCAAGCAAAAGUUUCUCCAUACAAUAACAUCACAACCAUGGCUUUGACAUACAAGCAAUCACAACUCGUCAGGGGCACGAUCCCGGCUCUUCGUGAGCAUGGCGAGACCAUCACGACCAUAUUUUAUGCCAACAUGCUCCGAGCUCAUCCUGAACUUCAUGACCACUUCAACAAGGUCAACCAGGCCAAUGGCCGCCAACCCCGCGCCUUGACCGGCGUCAUCCUCUCCUUCGCCGCAAACCUCAACCACAUCAGCGAGCUUAUCCCCAAGCUGGAGCGUAUGUGCAACAAGCACUGCUCUCUUGGAAUUCUGCCCGAGCACUAUGACAUCGUAGGCAAGUACCUCAUCCAAGCCUUCGGGCAGGUCCUCGGUCCCGCCAUGACCACAGAGAUCCGCGAGGCCUGGACGAAGGCCUACUGGAUUCUCGCCAAGAUGCUCAUUGGCCGCGAGGCCCAGAUGUAUCGCGAAUUCGACGACGACAAAUGGAAGGGCUGGCGCAAGUUCCGCAUCGAGAGGAAGGUUGCCGAGACAGACGACAUCUUCUCCUUCUACAUGGUGCCUGUAGACGGCAAACGACUCCCCGACUUCUACCCAGGUCAAUACACCUCGAUUCGUGUCACGAUACCUGAGCUGGGCCACUACCAAUCACGACAGUACUCGCUCAGCGACUCGCCACGACCCGAUUACUACCGCAUUACCGUGAAGCGUGACCAAGGCGUCAAGGUUGGCAAGGGCGCGGCUAAGUUCAACCUCAACCCUGGUGUCUUCUCCAACCAUCUCAUCGACGAGAAGAGACCGGGCGACAUCGUCGAGCUGACGCAUCCUACUGGCGACUUCUUCUUCGACACCCACGCCGCUGGCACUCUCCCCGUCGUUCUCAUCUCGGCCGGUGUCGGCGUCACUCCUCUCAUGUCCAUCUGCAACACCAUCAUCGAGCGCCAAGCUGUCCGUCCCAUCUCGUGGAUUCACUGCUCCGCUCGUGCCGCCCCCUUUGAAGAGCAUAUCCGCAAGAUCGCUUACAGCCGCGCCAAUUUCAUCACCAAGUUUUUCCGUUCCCAGAUUGCCGACGUCGAAGACGACGACUCUCUCUCAUCCUCUAGCGACUUUGGCCUCCGGAUGGAUCUUGCGCGGAUAGCACCCGAGGAGCUUUACCUCAGCCACGGUGGUGCGGAGUAUUACAUCUGCGGUCCUGAGAUCUUCAUGGUUGAGAUGUCACAAUUCCUCAUCAACCAGGGUGUCGACCCCAACAGAGUCAAGUUCGAGCGAUUUACUACGGGCGAUUUGGAGUUUAAAAAAUAAGGUUAUUGCAGGCCACCACGAGUAUCUUGACCUAAUUGCUUUUACGGAGAAUGAAAUGGGUUCUAUGGGCUGGUUUAGGAAUCGAAUGAGACGGAGUUUCACAAGAGCGGUCUAUCUGGGAAACAGAGCAGGAAUUGAACGGGUUUCCUUUGGCUCUGGGGGUUCAGAGUGUACGUGUGUCUCAACUGCUAUCAAAAGCGUAAUACUACAAUUCACUGCU